AUGUUAAUAAUAAUAAUAAUUUCAAGUCGGCGGCCAGUACCACGCAGACCUAAAUCAGAGCAGGACCUCAGGACCCUGGUGCGCUGGAUAUAUAUUCUAUUACCACAACUAAUAAAGUCCAAGAAUUCAGACUGUGUGUCUCCUCAGACCAGACACGAUCCAAUCAACAACCGAAUAACAACUGCAAAUACUGACAGCAGCAGUGGGACUGAGUAUUUUGUUUCACAGCCGGAACCCAUGUGUCUACUCACGCCGCUACAGCCAGCCAAGCCACCCGCCACAGCGAGCCAAGCCACCCGCCACAGCAAGCCAAGCCACCCGCCACAGCAAGCCAAGCCACCCGCCACAGCAAGCCAAGCCACCCGCCAGAGCAAGCCAAGCCACCCGCCAGAGCAAGCCAAGCCACCCGCCAGAGCAAGCCAAGCCACCCGCCAGAGCAAGCCAAGCCACCCGCCAGAGCAAGCCAAGCCACCCGCCACAGCAAGCCAAGCCACCCGCCACAGCAAGCCAAGCCACCCGCCACAGCAAGCCAAGCCACCCGCCACAGCAAGCCAAGCCACCCGCCACAGCAAGCCAAGCCACCCGCCACAGCAAGCCAAGCCACCCGCCACCAAGCCACCACCCGCCACGGCAAGCCAAGCCACCCGCCACAAGCCAAGCAAGCCAAGCCACCCGCCACAGCAAGCCAAGCCACCCGCCACAUCAAGCCAAGCCACCCGCCACAGCAAGCCAAGCCACCCGCCACAGCAAGCCAAGCCACCCGCCACAGCAAGCCAAGCCACCCGCCACAGCAAGCCAAGCCACCCGCCACAGCAAGCCAAGCCACCCGCCACAGCAAGCCAAGCCACCCGCCACAGCAAGCCAAGCCACCCGCCACAGCAAGCCAAGCCACCCGCCACAGCAAGCCAAGCCACCCGCCACAGCAAGCCAAGCCACCCGCCACAGCAAGCCAAGCCACCCGCCACAGCAAGCCAAGCCACCCGCCACAGCAAGCCAAGCCACCCGCCACAGCAAGCCAAGCCACCCGCCACAGCAAGCCAAGCCACCCGCCACAGCAAGCCAAGCCACCCGCCACAGCAAGCCAAGCCACCCGCCACAGCAAGCCAAGCCACCCGCCACAGCAAGCCAUGCCACCCGCCACAGCAAGCCAAGCCACCCGCCACAGCAAGCCAAGACACCCGCCACAGCAAGCCAAGCCACCCGCCACAGCAAGCCAAGCCACCUGCCACAGCAAGCCAAGCCACCCGCCAUAGCAAGCCAAGCCACCCGCCACAGCUACGCUUGUGUGUCAUCAAUAGUCAUACCAGUCCAGGGUCCUAUCAUCAACCACUGCUCUAG